UAUUAAUGGGGCAGUUACUUUAUCUACUUUCAAAUUCCUGAUGAAACUAUAGGCCAAUCUUGCGGCAAGUGAUGAAAGUAGGGUUUUUUCAGCACGAAAGAUAUAUGUGAUAUUUUGUCAAUAUAGUGAUUAAUCGAUUAUUAACAUGACCAACUAGUGCUUAAGAAAAUUGUAUAAAAUGUGCAUCCUAUGUGGUAGUAUUUCAUAAACAAGAAAGUUAUUAAAAUAUACAGUGCAAGUAUAAUUUUGAGUCUGUUCUUUUGUUGGUGUUCCAGAUACCUUUCCACUAACGUCUGUCUCUAAUUACAGCAUUGGGAACAAAAAAGGCCCAGGGAUAAGGCAUAGAUUGAUAUGUCUCUCAUUGUAUACAAAAACUCUGUCCAUUUGUUACCAUUUGUGUCCUUGUUUUUAAUGCCAUAGAAUGUCUGAGAAACUAUGAAAUUUGAUGAAUGAAAUGGUACUUUGGCAGGAAAUCUCUCUCACAUUUACACACACGCAGAGGCAGUCUCUUCACUGGAUGGAGGCGGAGCAGCAGUGGAAAGAGGGGGAGUGAUUCAGGUUUUCAUUUCCUUGUUUAUGACUCUGAGCAGCUCAGAGCAACUGCAGAUCUGUUACCGAUAUGAUUCUCUUUGUUUGAGGAUUAAAACUUCAUCAGGAUCGUCAAGGUUUGCUUCUACAGCAUCUCCUUACUACGUCAUCAACAUGUCAGCGACCAGCUGCCUGCUGUCUGAAGAACAGUUUCUGUGCUGCAUCUGCCUGGAUAUUUUUAAUGAUCCUGUCACUAUACCAUGUGGACAUAACUUCUGCAAAAAGUGUAUUACGCAGCACUGGAAUAUUAACAGCGCAAAGUGCCAGUGCCCAAUGUGUAAAAAACAUUUUACUACGAGACCUGAGCUGCCUGUAAAUACUUUCAUUUCUGAAAUGGCAGCUGAGUUCAGGCAGUCAGUUGGAAAAACAGCCAACAGCAUUUCAGAUAUACAAAUAGCCAAAGCAGGAGAAAUCCCCUGUGACGUCUGCAGCGGAACAAAACUGAAAGCUCUGAAGUCGUGCCUGACUUGCUUUGCCUCCUAUUGUUGCAUUCACCUAGAUCCUCACCAGACAUCUGACCGCCUGAAAACACAUUUGUUAACUGAUCCCGUGGCGAACAUGGAGGCCAGGGUGUGUGCAAAGCACAAAAAACCACUGGAGCUGUUCUGUAAAACUGACCAGACAUGUGUGUGUUCACACUGCACGGUUUCAGAGCAUGAGGCACACAGUAUUACUUCUCUGAAAGAUGAACAUGAAGCAAAGAUGGCUGAGCUACAGCAGACAGAAACUAAAAUCCAGCAGACGAUCCAUGACAGACAAUUGAAAAGCCAGCAGAUUAAACACUUGAAAAUGCACAGUAAGGAAGAUGCAGAGAGAGAGAUCGCACAUGGCGUUCAGAUCUUCACCAGCCUAAUGCAGACUGCAGAGAGAGGUCUGAAUGAACUCAUUGAGGUGAUUGAAGAGAAGCAGAAGAGGAAGGAGGUAGAGGCAGAUGGCUACAUCAGAGAACUGGAACAAGACAUCUCUGCUCUGAAGAAGAGAAGUGCUAAUGUGCAGGGGCUGUUGCAAACUCAAGACCAUUUGCACUUCCUUCAGAACUUCACAUCCAUGGCUGCUGCCCUGAGCACCAGGAACUGGGCAGAGGUCACUGUACGUCCACCGUUAUAUGAGGGGACUGUGGUGGAAGCCAUAGCUGAACUGGAAAAGAUGCUUCACAGAGAGAAAAACCAGCUGCUGCGUGUGGCCCGGCUGAAGAGAGUCCAGCAUUACGCGGUGGAUGUGAUUUUGGAACCUCACACAGCUAACCCAUGGCUCAUCCUUUCUGAGGAUGGGAAACAGGUUAGAUGUGGUGAGGUGAGGAGGAACCUGCCAGACAAUGAAGAAAGAUUUUCUCUUUAUGCCAAUGUCUUGGCACAGCAGACUUUCUCUUCUGGAAGAUUUUAUUAUGAAGUUCAGGUUACAGGGAAGACUGACUGGACUCUUGGAGUGGCCACUGAGUCAGUGAACCGGAAAGGAAUAAUCCCACUCAGCCCUGUGAAUGGCUACUGGGCUGUGAGUUUGAGGAAUGGAAACGAGUACCUAAGUCUAGGCAGCCCUGUGCUCAGCCUUGAUCUGGAGUCGAGGCCUGAGAGAAUGGGAGUGUUCGUGAGUUACGAGGAGGGACUGGUCUCCUUUUUUGAUGUGGAUGAAGCACUCCAUCUGUACUCAUUCACUAACUGCUGCUUUACUGAGAAACUCUGUCCUUUCUUCAGUCCCGGUCUUCAUCAUGGUGGUACCAACUCUGCACCUCUCAUCAUUUCACCUGUCAACCACAAUGAUUAGAUUAGACAUGAAAUGAUUUUCUACAUUUGAAAAGAGGCAGUUAAAGGAUAAAUGUACAGAAUGAGAUUUGCCAAACAUGACGAGUAGAGAGCGUCAUUAUUUCUCCUGUUUUCGCGGGAUGCUAAGAGAUCCCUUCUGUGCUUCCCGGUAAAACUUGAUUCCAGAGGCAUCAGUUUAACUUCUAAAUGUACUGUAAGUGUUGUACUAGCAUGGAAAGAAGACUCUGAUGAGUUACAUCAGGAAGUCCAAUAUGAAUGGGUGGAAAUACUAUGCAAACAAAAACAACUUGUGUAAAAUGGUUUCAUGACAAAUAAUUGUGAAACUAUUCUUUAAAGGAGCAAAAGUUUAGUGUGAUCUAAACUCACACAGUGUUACUUUAAGUCUAACCACCACAUUUAAACUUUUGUUUAUACAAAUUCGCUAAUACACCACAAAUUUGCUUAUAAAACCAUGAAAGUGUGCUGCACAAAGCUGUCUUCCUGUUCCCAGCACAGUAAACACCUGUGCUUGUUGUUGUGAUGGACCUCUGGCUGACCAGCAUCAGGAAUAGCACCUGUGUGCAUUGGUUGCAUUUAUUGCCACAUUGGUCAUUCAUCAGCUUUUGGGUCAAAAAAAAAUCUACAAUGUCUCAAAUGUUAAUUAAAAAGGACAUAAUUUUGUUAUUGCUGCACUUCCCCUUCCCUUAUACUCUGUUAUUGUGUGUUAUAUGAUGAAGAAUGUUGGCUUUUUUGCUGACCUUUGACCUUGCUGCCAUGUUUUACACUCUGUACUGGAAUAUAUAUACUGGAAUAAAUCGACUUUACUGUUUUUUAUUAUUAUUUUUGUUGUAAAUUUGAAAGGGAUACACUUUGCACUUUGUCAUACUCUAGGGAAAGUUCCAAACAAAUGUCUUGCCAACUCAUGUCAAAGAGUAAGGGUGGUAAAGCACCAUGAGACUGUUUGUAUUAUUAUUGAUGUUAUAUAAACACAAUUGAAUUGAACUGAAGUAAUGUAUGAGACAAUUAAUCAACAAUACAAUAAUUGUGUCAUUGUGAUUGUAAAGUGCUUUGAGUACCAAGACGCUGAGUAGUAGACGCUACAUAAAUAAACAAGACCAGUUAUCUGUCUACCCUCCUAA